ACAAACACUACCCCUCUUUCUCCCUCUCUCACCCUCUGCAACUGCUGUACUCAGGCUUACCUGACCAGCGACUGCAGAAAAGGCUGGACCCCCACCCCCCUCCACACUCCCUCGCUCUCUUCUCUCCUAUCCUCUCCUCUCUCCUCUCUCUCUCUCUCUCGCUCGCUCGCUCUCUUUUUCAAACACACACUCAGCUGUACACCUGGAGAGGGCAGACGCAAGAGAUGGCAUGUGCAGCAGGCUCUCCUCACCUCUAGUGCCGCCUCUCUGAGUUGAAUGUGGAGAGGAACUCCUGAACUGAGAAUUUGGAGCCACUGAACCUAUUGCAGAAGAAACAAGGGGGGCGGUGAGGGAGAACUUGUCAGUCCAGGGACACCAAAGGCAACACACAGCAUGAUUUUGGGAGGCAUUAACCGGGCCAGGCCAGCUGUGCCAACAUUCUUGCGGACUCCCACAGUGAUCCAACCACACCUGGACAUGAAGCCCUUCCUGCAGUUCCCCAUGGAAACCCCUCCGCCUCCACACAGCAUGAACAUCUUCCACAAUUUCAACACAAUGGACCCGGUGCAGAAAGCUGUUAUCAACCAUACCUUUGGAGUUCCACUGGUCAAGACCAAGCGGCCAGUUAUCUCCUGUAACGUCUGCCAGAUCCGCUUCAACUCUGAGGGUCAAGCAGAAGCUCAUUACAAAGGCAACCGCCAUGCCAGGAGAGUCAAAGGCAUUGAGACCUCUAAGAGUCGUCCUCAAGACAGAGACAAGCCUCCUACUGUGUCCACCUCCUCCUCCUCCCUGUCUCCUCCCAGAGGUCCUGGCACUGCCCUUGACAGUAAGUCCAGCAAAUCGGAUGAAACACAGCCACUGUUGCAGUUAAACGGACCCCUGUUGGCCCCGGGGCCUCUUCCUCCGCUUACAACCCCACCUACUCCACCCAUGGACUCUGCCAUGCAUUCAGUAUGCCCCCUCAUGCCCACCCCUACUCCUUCCUUCAUACCCCCUUCCUCCUCCUCACCAGGCUACGGUGGCGGCGGCUCCAAUCCAGAGCAGCUGAGAUCUGGACCAGCGGAUUCUGCAACCCAGGGCACAUUGGCCUCCAGCAGACCCUCCAAUCCAGAGACAGAGGAGGACAAGGCCAAGAAGUUGCUGUACUGCUCACUCUGCAAGUUGGCUGUUAAUUCCCUGUCACAGCUGGAGGCCCACAACAAAGGUAUCAAACACAAAACCAUUUUGGAGGCAUGGAGUGGGCUGGGCCCCAUCAAGGCAUAUCCUCGCCUGGGUCUGAAGCCCAGUGGAGAGCAGGGAGGGGGGCUGGUAGACCCCAACACUCAGGAACGAACCUUCCACUGUGAGAUCUGCAAUGUGCGGGUCAACUCGGAACUACAACUCAAACAGCACAUAUCAAGUCGAAGGCAUCGGGACGGCAUGGCAGGCAAACCCAACCCCCUCCUUAGCAGACACAAGAAGCACAGGGGAGCAGAUCUGACGUCUUCAUUGACCUUCUCUAAGGAUCUCACCAAAGCUUUGGGAGCAGGGCUUUUGCCUAACCCCUUGGCAGUUGCUGUAGCAAUGGCCGCUGCAGCGUCCUCAAAUCCACUGGCACUUCGUGCAGCGGCACCUGCGCCCCACCCACACCACCACCAUCACCACCACCUUUUGCAAGGUCCGCCGCUCAGCCACGCCAUCCUGAGACCCGCUCCAGGGCCCAUCCGUACCACCCGCGGUCCAAUCCUCUUCUCUCCGUACUGACACACCGUCUUCUGACUUCAGUCAGACAGGAUCAGCCACUCCAAAAGCACACUGUGAAAACACAAACAUGAUCAGCAGCAAUGGAUGGGAGAAAACACAAUUAUUUAACUAUCUAAACGAGAGGAAAAACACGGGAACUGAACAGCAGAAUCAAAAGAAGUAUAUGUCUCUCUUUUUCCCUUUACCUGAAAGUCUCCUUAAAUUUCAAAAACCCAUGACUGACUGACACGUGGAGAUAUUUUCAUUAUGCAUUGACCUCCUAGCUCUGGUCCCAUUCUCUUGCACUGUUGCCCUGUUGAUAACUACAGAAAAACCACAUGCAGCUCUUUCUAGAAACAUUAAACUACACCUAGUGUCACAUAAAUAUACCAGACAAAAAUGUGUUCCUGUCACCUUAUGCACCUCAAAUCAAGCCAAUAUCAUAAUAUCAGUCGGGUAUAUGCAUGUACCUGUGGACUCUCCAUGGUACUAUACAUGUCCCUUUGGCCAUCAUGUCUUCAAUUUGUACUACCAGAGCCUUUGGCAGCAGGUUGGAGUCACAACUGAACAUUCUCAUGGUUGGAUAGGAGAGUGUGAUAAAGCAAAGGUGACUACUGGGUGGGCGAAGUUGGACUUCCCUGUUAUUCCGGGGAGGGCGAAGUGACAGGAAGCCUAGCACAGGUCAGUGGACCGUCUGACCCCAGGUGGCAUGUAGACACACAUGCCCAGAUGAAUCUGUGUUUUUAAAAUAGACUCCCCCCCCCAAAAAAAUGGCUAUAAGACACAUCUGUCAACCUCCAUAUUAGUCAGAGAAAGGCCUCACUGAAGGGGAGAAGACAGUGAAACAGCGGAAGUCACACAUCCGUGCAUAGCUGUACUGAUGUUUUUGCUACGUAAUUGCUAGCUAUAACUUAGAUCGCUAAUUAGUACCUGUGCUACUUGAGAUUUGUAGUCAAGGGAAGUAUCUUAGUAGAAGGGAAAAUACAUUUUGAGAUAAUUCUGUAUGGAUCCAGCAAUCAAAAUGCCACAUUAUUAAUAUCUUGCACCUCCCCAAUCUUCACGUACAGGCUGAUCUUAGGUGCAGCUCCGUGCACUGAUGUAUUUAUCUUCCUUGUGUUUCUGCAUGCAGCCUUGCAGUACCACCCUGCAGGGUCAGUCCUCUCUGCAUCAUUACGUUGACUUUUCCCCUUUUUUGAUCUUUUCCUCACUCCCUCCCCCCCAUCUUUCUUCUCCAUUUGUUCACAUACACCAGAUGGCACACUGAUGCCAGCAAUCGUAAUGCUGAGAGGGAGAAGAUUACAGGGGGACGGACAAAAGCCAAAUGCAUUCAUGCAGGAUUGAGCUGGAGUGAGACAACAAGAAACAUGACCUGGAGCAGGCCGAAUGUGUCUGUCGAUACUUCCUGUCUUAUAUCUAAAAAGCCAUGAAACACACCAUGAUUUGUUUUCUCUGACAAAGACUGGUGAGCACUUUUCAUUGGUUUGGACUGUUGGCUUUGGAUUUAUAUCACACACAGAAGCAACAAAAUACAUUGAGAAAUAAAACUUUUAAAAUAUUUUUGUAGACGGGGACACGUUAAUAACUGUACCCAUGAAGGUGGAAUUAUGUGAUAAUCUGAUCGAGUGACUCGGCGAGGAGCAUUAACGCCACAGCGGUUUGAAACUGUCAUUUUCUGAACCAGAUGUACACUGUGCCCUUUCAUUGAAAAGCAAUGAGCUCUUAUGUCUUACCUUUGUCUGAAUAUUGCAAUGCAAUGAGUGAGGUUUUCUUUUUUCCAGAGUGACUUAUCAUUGUGAUAUGAUGUGACAUGUCUAGAUUUGUGUGUAAAACUGACAGACCUUUCUGUUCUUCCAUGAGGAGCAUAAGCCCACAGGGAGCGAUGGAGAGAAACGCAGGUGUAUCCGGGCUUAUAGGGACCGACCCUUCAUAUUAAAGGGCCUUUUUACUAUGUAAUCUGUGUUAGGGGAACAGGGUACAAUGCCAGGUUUCAAGGGAUAAUUGUAGGAUUUGUUCUUUUGGGUUUUUUGUUUGUUUUUGAAGGGGGGGGGGGGUGCUGAUUUGCAUUCUUUGUUUCUUUUAUCUGUGUGUGACAAACGUUUUAUGUUUAAACAUUAUCAAUGCCAUUAUUUAGUGAUGAAGCUGGCCUGGACUCAGCUACCACCGUUGUGCUCUUUUGGUUACUUUUUCUUUUUGUAAGUUACUGCUCCAAGAUCUCUGCUCUCCUUCCUGUUUGUGUGCAUACCAUACGUGUACCAGUGUGCGUUGCGCCCUGCCCUCUCCCCAAGUCCCACCAAUCAGAGACUGAGACAACCUGGAGCUCUACAGUGGCCUAUAAUGCAGUCAUUACAGAGGAAACCUGCACGUUUAGCUCUGGGGGGAUUGAUGGUCGUGGAUCAACCACCCAACUUAAUCAAAGUACUGUAAUAUUGUUGCUGGUAGGUCAGUCAUGUUGUAACCCCACAGAUAUGUUCGUAUUGUGCUCGAUAUGUUCAUGCUGUGGUAAUUCUCACUGAUUAAUUCUUAUUAUUCACCAAUGAGAAAUAAAUGUUAGACUCCUAUAUUUCAGGGGCAGGUAUUUCAUGUUAGCUGUGUUUAGGCUGUUAGCCUUAGCCUUACUCUGGCCUCAACCCCCCCCCCCCCCCCCCCCAGAACAGAGAACAAGAUGAAGAGGCUAAUGUGUAACUUUCGUUUUGCCAAUAAAAUUAUUUUUUGAAUUUCACUGUCGGAGGGACAAAGAGUUUGUACGGCAAAUUGUAGCAAUACCUGACUCAUUCUGGCUACUCUUGUUUAUUGCAAUAAGAAAAGUAAAUAAUUAAUGUGUAUGUGAGUAAAACAUUCUAAAUGUAAUUUAAAUGAAAAAGAAACUUUAUGGUAAAUACUGUUGCUAUCAAAAGUAAAUGGUGGAAAAAAGUAAAUGUCAAUAAAUCGUUAAAUUGAA